GCUUAUGAAAAAACAAAGCUCGGGGUGCUCGCAGCUCGGAAAUGGCGGGAUUUGGUGCUAUGGAGAAGUUUUUGGUUGAAUACAAGAGUGCAGUUGAGAAGAAACUGGCUGAGUACAAAUGUAACACCAACACAGCAAUUGAACUGAAAUUAGUUCGUUUUCCUGAAGAUCUUGAGAAUGACAUUAGAACUUUCUUUCCUGAGUAUACCCAUCAACUCUUUGGGGAUGAUGAAACUGCUUUUGGUUACAAGGGUCUGAAGAUCUUGUUAUAUUAUAUUGCUGAUAGCCUAUCAACAAUGUUCCGUGUGGAAUAUGCAUCUAAAGUUGAUGAGAUUUGUGUAGAGGCAGAUGAUGUUGAGGGGAAAAUUAGACAAAUCAUUCCACCUGGAUUUUGCACAAACACGAAUGAUUUUCUUUCGUUGCUGGAAAAAGAAGCUGAUUUCAAGCCAUUUGGAACCUUACUUCACACAUACUCUGUUCUCAGUCCAACAGGAGGAGAAAACUUUACCUUUCAGAUUUAUAAGGCUGACAUGACAUGUAGAGGCUUUCGAGAAUAUCAUGAAAGGCUUCAGACCUUUUUGAUGUGGUUUAUUGAAACUGCUAGCUUUAUUGACGUGGAUGAUGAAAGAUGGCACUACUUUCUAGUAUUUGAGAAGUAUAAGGAUGGAGCUACACUCUUUGCGACCGUAGGCUACAUGACAGUCUAUAAUUACUAUGUGUACCCAGACAAAACCCGGCCACGUGUAAGUCAAAUGCUGAUAUUGACUCCAUUUCAAGGUCAAGGCCAUGGUGCUCAACUACUUGAAACAGUUCAUAGAUACUACAUUGCAUCUCCUUCUGUUCUUGAUAUUACAGCGGAAGAUCCAUCCAAAAGCUAUGUGAAAUUGAGAGACUUGGUGCUUGUGAUUUGUCAAGAUUUGCCCUGUUUUUCCCGGGAAAAGUUAGGAUUCAGUGAAGAUAUGGCAAUAGAGGCUCAACAGAAGUUCAAAAUAAAUAAGCAACAUGCUAGACGGGUUUAUGAAAUUCUUCGACUACUGGUAACUGACAUGAGUGAUGCUGAACAAUACAGAAGCUAUAGACUGGAUAUUAAAAGAAGACUAAUUAGCCCAUACAAGAAAAAACAGAGAGAUCUUGCUAAAAUGAGAAAAUGUCUCAGACCGGAAGAACGGACAAACCAGAUGAACCAGAUAGAAAUAAGCAUGCAACAUGAACAGCUGGAAGAAAGCUUUCAGGAACUCGUGGAAGAUUAUCGACGUGUCAUUGAACGCCUCGCUCAAGAGUAGAGGUUAUACUUCUCUGUACAGAAAGUUUGCAAAUUUCUGUACAUGUGUUGUGAAAAUCAGAUGAUGACUUUAAUUUUAAAAAAUUUUGUAACAUUUUGCUUACAUUA